UAAACUAAACGAGGAGAGAUGAGAAUAAUAAGUGUGUGAUGUCAUCGUACAUUAUUAUUACUGCAGAUAUCAUAUUCAAAUUGGGCUCUUGGGCACUCCGACAGUUCGGAUCUCUGUGGGGCGGUGUCAAUGCUGAACUUGACAAACUCCAACACUCUCUUUCUGCCAUUCAAGCCGUGUUCUUCACGACGCAGAGGAGAAACAGUUCAAGGACCAUGCGGUCAAGGUUUGGGUUUCAAGGCUUAAGGAUGUUUUGUACGAGAUUGAUGACUUGAUCGACGAGUCCUCUUACCAAACCUUGAGAAGGCAAGUUCUGGCCAAACACCGACGAAACAGAAAACAAGUACGUAUUAUCUCCAAAUUUAAAUCUAAAUGGAAAAUAGGCCACAAAAUCAAGGAAAUUAGGCAGAGGCUGAAAGCUAUCAACGAAGAUAAAAAUCAAUUUAGCUUUUGUAAGAAUGUGAUAGAGAGAAGAGAUGAUGAUGAAGGGUUCAGAAAUAGACGGGAGUCUCACUCUUUUAUACUUGAAGACGAAGUGAUUGGUAGGAAUGAUGAUAAGGAAGCAGUCAUAUAUCUUUUACUAAAUUCCAACACCAAAGAGGAUAUUGCUAUAGUUUCCAUUGUUGGAAUGGGAGGAUUGGGAAAGACUGCCCUUGCUCAGUCUAUUUAUACCCAUUACGGUAUGACUAAUGAUGGCAUGUUUCAGAUGAAGUUAUUGGUGUGUGUUUCUGAAGAAUUUGAUCUGAAAAUUAUUAUCCAAAAGCUAAUAGAAUCUGCAACCGGGAAGAAGCCUGAAUCAUUCCUUCAAAUAGAUUCAUUACAAUGUGAGCUUAGAAAGCAAAUUGAUGGAAAGAAAUAUUUGCUCGUCAUGGAUGAUGUGUGGAAUGAGAAAAAAGAGGAAUGGUUACAUCUGAAAAGAUUGUUGAUGGGUGGUGCAAAGGGUAGUAGGAUUUUGAUCACAACACGCAGUGAACAAGUUGCUAAAACUUUUGACUCUACUGCCACCUAUUCCUUACAAACUUUGGAUCCAUCCAAUUCUUGGUUAUUGUUUCAGAAGAUGACAGGUUUGGAAGGACGUUCAAAUAAUAAAAAGACCAAGCUUGAUCAAAUGAAUUCAAACUUGAUGCAAAUCGGCAAGGAGAUUUUGUCAAGGUUAAAAGGUGUUCCACUUGUAAUAAGGACCAUUGGAGGGCUUUUAAAAGAUAAUAAAUCAGAAAGAUUUUGGUUGUCUUUCAAGGAU